AUGCCGAUUCCCAAAGAAGGAGAAACUUUUCGCCUCCUCAAUUACGCAACCAAUAACGUACUUGUUGCCAAUAAAGGUACUGGCAAUGAGGGUGCACUCACCGCCUACAACAGGAAUACAGUCUAUCAAGACCAGAUCUUCGAGCUUGUCUCACGCUCGGAUGGUACCUUCUAUAUCCAGGCUUUCCAUAUUAACAUGAACGGUGUCUACGGCCGCAUAUUUUCCAUCAUGGACAAUGUCGGGAUGAAAUAUGAAUACUCAGGCAAUGAGAGUCUCCGCUUCACAUUCGAAGAGGGUAGCUCAAAUAGGGCGGGGUGGUACCGUCUUGUUACUCCAGCGUACAAUCUGGUUCUUACUGGAAAACCGUGGAAUUACCAUGCUGACGGAGAAAAAUAUGACGAUCAAUACUUCAAGUUUGAAACUGAUUACGGCGAGUUUACUAAGUCUGCUGAUGCUUGA